AUGUCCAAAUUAUCUUUACAAAAUGCCAUAUUAGCGUACGAACAAUUAGAAACUACUCCUUCAAAAAAAGAUAAUAUACCAGAAGAAUUAGAAGAUGAGCUUCGUAGAUUAGGUUGCGAUUUUAUUCAAUCUGCUGGAAUAUUAUUACGAUUACCGCAGGUAGCUAUGGCUACUGCACAAGUACUUUUUCAACGAUUUUUUUAUGUUGCAUCUUUAAAAAAAUUCUCUGUUAGGGAUAUAGGUAUGGGAGCUUUAUUCCUCGCUUCAAAAGUUUCAGAAGCACCAUGCAAAAUUCGCGAUUUAAUUAAUGUUUAUCAUUAUUUGAUAAGAAGUUAUUGUGGCAAGUCAAUUGAACCUUUGGAAUAUUUAGGACAAGAUGCAUUGGUAAUUGCUGAAAUGCAAAUAUUAAAAAAAUUGGGAUUUAAUGUACACGUACAAUUACCAUAUGGAUUAAUGGUUAAUUAUUUAAAAGUAUUAGAAUUAACUGAUCAUGAGACUAUUCCCCAAAAAGCAUGGGGGUACCUUAAUGAUUCGUUAAGGACAAAUGUGUACGUAUGUUAUCAACCUGCAACGGUUGCUUCAAGACAUAUAAUGAGAUUAUAUGCUAUAAGAUUACCUUCAAAUUUACCACUUUCACUUGAUGAGUUGGAUGAUUAUUUAAAGAAUUAUGAAGAUAGAAGAAAAGCUGGAAUUAAUGAUAAAAAUGAUAAAAAUGUUGUGGAUGGAGAAAUUAAAUGGGAUAAAGAAGAUAAAGAAGACAAACAGGAUAAAGACAAUAAAAAGGAUAAGGAAGUCAAAGUAGAUAAGAAAGAUAAGGAAGAUAAGAAGGAUAAAGAGGAUAUACUUGACAAAGUUGACAAGGAGGAUAAAGAAGAUAAAGAGGAUAAGUAUGAUAAAGAUGAUAUGGGGCAAGCUCCUAUGGUCGAAGAUUAA